CUUACAAGACAUAUCUUUACAAUAUUAGAUAAUAGCUGUUUAGUUAGCUACAGUACUGUUAGCUAGCAAGCUAUCUGAAAUGGCCAAUAAAAGCAGAGCAUUGUCACAGAGGAUGCUUCUCAUCUGUAGACAGGAGACCAGAGCAUAUUCACUAUGGCGAAGAACAACAAUUCCGAUUGCAAGCCAAGGACAUCUGAUCAAACCCAGCAUUAUGCAUUUGAGGUUUUCUCUCAAUGUCAACAAACACUCAACGUGCACAACAGGUUCUAGCAGCUUGUCCUUUCGGAGUCACACUUGUGGGGAGCUACGGCCUGUUGAUGUAGGAGAGGAAGUCAGUCUGUGUGGCUGGGUUCAAUACCUGAGACAGGAUUUAUUUGUUAUCAUGAGAGAUUUCAGUGGCUUGGCACAAAUUCUUAUCCCUCAAGACAAGGACAAAAUUAAUCUGAAAACAGCCUUGUGUGACUUACCACCUGAAUCAGUGAUCAGGGUGAAAGGCACGGUCAGGCUUCGACCAGAUGGACAAGAGAACAAGGAGAUGCCCACCGGAGAGAUCGAGGUUCUUGCAGAGAGUGUGGAGAUUCUAAAUGUCUGCCGUAAGCUUCCCUUUGAAAUCAAAGAUUUUGUGAAAAAAUCUGAAUCCCUUCGGAUGCAGUAUCGCUAUCUGGACCUUCGUUCGUCACAAAUGCAGUAUAACCUGAGGCUGAGGUCCCAGCUAGUGAUGAAGAUGAGAGAGUACCUGUGCAAUGUGCAUGGGUUUGUGGAUGUUGAAACUCCCACCUUAUUUAAGAGGACUCCAGGGGGUGCAAAGGAGUUUGUGGUGCCCUCAAGAGAACCUGGUCGAUUUUACUCCCUGCCUCAGAGUCCUCAGCAGUUUAAACAGCUUCUCAUGGUGGCUGGCAUUGACAGGUACUUUCAACUGGCCCGGUGCUACAGAGAUGAGGGUUCCAAACCAGACAGACAACCAGAAUUUACCCAGGUGGACAUUGAGAUGUCCUUUGUGGAUCAAGCCGGAAUCCGAGGGCUGAUUGAGGGCUUGGUCCAGUACUCCUGGCCUGUGGAGAAAGAUCCUGUCUCCACACCCUUCCCCUGCAUAACGUAUGAAAAAGCAAUGAAGGACUAUGGAGUGGACAAGCCAGACACACGAUUCGCCAUGAAGCUCAUGGACAUCAGUAAAACAUUCCACAACACAGAAAUAGAGUUCCUUAAAGAUGCCCUCAACCAACCAGGAGGCUGUAUCCAGGCAAUCUGUAUCCCGGAUGGAGCAGACAUCUGUGUUCAAUAUUUCACUCCAGAAACAUUUGACGGGCAAAGAUCAGGAAUCCCUGAAGCAAACUGCCAGGACCAAGUUCGGCCAGUGAGUGUAGUUUUGGUGAAGGCAGAUGGUGCAUUGAAGUCUCCCCUCAACAGACUCAUGCCUGCCUCAGCUAAACAGCAGCUGCUCCAGAUGGCCCAGGCCAGACCUGGGGACCUGCUGCUCAUCUCUGCUGGGAUGCAGGAAUGUGUGCGCCCUUUGUUGGGCAAGUUGAGGCUUCAGUGUGCUGAACUCCUAGAGGGCUCCGGUGUGGCUGUUCGAGACCCCUCAGCGUUUCACUUUCUGUGGGUGGUAGACUUCCCACUGUUCCUGCCAAAAGAAGAGGAUCCUGAUCAGCUUGAGUCAGCCCACCAUCCUUUCACUGCACCUCUCCCUGAGGAUGCUCAUCUCCUGUAUUCACUGCCUCACAAGGUACGUGGCCAGCAUUAUGACCUGGUCCUGAAUGGGUGUGAGAUUGGAGGAGGAUCCAUUCGUAUUCACAAGGCCUCUGAUCAGCAGCAUGUGCUGGAGACGAUCCUCAAGGAGGAUCCAUCUCUCCUUUCUCACCUGUUAGAGGCUCUGGACUCUGGGGCUCCCCCUCAUGGUGGGAUUGCAUUGGGUUUGGAUCGUUUUCUGUCUAUUAUCGUCGGAGCCCCCAGCAUCAGGGAUGUGAUUGCCUUCCCCAAAUCAUUCAGGGGCCAUGACCUGAUGAGUCGUGCUCCAGAUUUCAUCUCUGAAGACGAGCUUAAAUCCUACCACAUCGCUGUCAACUGGCCGGCAGGAGACAAAGGGAACCAGGAGAAAUAGACAUUGCUGCUGCUGCUACACCUUUGUCCUGAAGCUGAGACUCUGACUCAUAUUACAGCUGGAUUUACAUUAGGGAGAUGCAGGACAACUAAGUAACGUGACUUAAAUGCGAUUCUUCUACCGACAUGCUGCAACUUUAGGUUUACUCACACUGUGGAUGACCAUUAAUUGCAUCAGUAUAAAUUCUGUCGGCCGAGUGGGCAGUUUUUUUAGUUGGGACUGUCGUUCCCGCGUCUCUGCAACUUAAACCCAGUUUACACCUUUGUCCUGAAGGUCAAACUCUGACUCACAUAUUGAUGUUUUCACUUAGCUCCAGUUUCCGGUUGAAGACUUUUCCAGUUGCCUCCUUUUCUCAAGUUGCACUUUUUUGCCAGCUUGUAGUUGUCUUCAUAGGCAGCUCCUCUGCUAGCCAAAUAUGGUCUUUAUCGAUGUGAGACUUUGUCCUGAAAGUGACAUAAUAUAUGUACAAUGUAGACAGGAGACACUGUCACCAAUAAAUUGUCAUGGUUUGACAAA